AUGACUAGCGCCGUGUUCUAUGUGCAUGGAGGGGAUUAUGUGACGGGCUCGGUCGACUUCCUGCACAAGCAGAUCGAGGCUAGAGACGAAGCUACGGGAGUCCCGUUUUCCGCUCCGGGCUAUCGUGUCGCACCUAAACACCCGCUUCCAAUCCCUCACGAGGACUGCUUUGCUGCGUUGAAGUGGGUGCACGAAAACGCUGCCGACAUGUUUAGUGUCGAUGACUCGAGACUCGGCGUGUUUGGCGAGAGCGCGGGUGGUGGGUUGGCCGCGGGUCUAGCUCUCAAGGCUCGCGAUGAGAAGUUGUCACCUCCUCUGGCCAAGCAGAUUUUGGUGUACCAAAUGAUGGAUGACCGCAACACAAUUCCAAUUCCCGAGGUCGAGCAUCUGUUCACCUGGUCGCACGACAACGAUGAAACCGCGUGGAAGGCANUCAGCGACAAAGACGGAGAGAUCGAUUGCUAUGGAGCGGCUGCCCGCGCAACCAACCUUCGUGGCCUUCCCAACACGUACCUUGAGGUUGGCUCGUUGGAUGUUUUUUUUCACGACAGCGUUGAUUAUGUCCAGAGGUUACUGCAAGAGAAUGUCAAAGUCGAGCUGCACAUUUGGCCAAGGGUGCCACACGGAUUCGAAGGAUUGGCUCCGCAGAUAAGAUAUGGGAAGAUGGCUGUAGACAGUAGAGAUGAUGCUAUCAGAAGUCUGUGA